AUGUCAUAUAAUAACGGUGGUUAUAAUAAUAAUAGAGGUUCAGGUGGUUAUAACGAUAGAGGUGCUUCAGGUGGUUUUAGAGGUGGUAGAGAUAAUUACAAUAAUGGCAGCUCAAGAGGUGGUAGAGAUUCUGGAUUUAGAGGAGGAGGUUUUAGAGGUGGUAGAGAUGGUGGAUAUGGUGGUGGUAGAUUUCAAGAUUCAAAACAAGAAUUAACUGUUCCUGAAUGGGAUUUAGAAAAUUUACCAAAAUUUGAAAAAAAUUUUUAUACUGAACAUGCAAGUGUUGCUGCUAGAUCAGAUGAAGAAAUUAGAAAAUUUAGACAAGAAAAUGAAAUGUCAAUUGAAGGUCAUGAUAUUCCACAUCCAAUUACUACAUUUGAUGAAGCUGGUUUCCCAGAUUAUGUUUUGAAUGAAGUUAAAGCUCAAGGUUUCCCACAUCCAACUGCUAUUCAAUGUCAAGGUUGGCCAAUGGCUUUAAGUGGGAGAGAUAUGAUUGGUAUUGCUGCUACUGGUUCUGGUAAAACUUUAAGUUAUUGUUUGCCAGCAAUUGUUCAUAUUAAUGCUCAACCUUUAUUAAAACCAGGUGAUGGUCCAGUUGUUUUAGUUUUAGCUCCAACUAGAGAAUUAGCUUGUCAAAUUCAAGUUGAAUGUUCUAAAUUUGGUAAAUCAUCAAGAAUUAGAAAUACUUGUGUUUAUGGUGGUGCACCAAAAGGUCAACAAAUUAGAGAUUUAGCAAAAGGUGUUGAAAUUGUUAUUGCAACUCCAGGUAGACUAAUUGAUAUGUUGGAAGGUGGUAAAACAAAUUUAAAAAGAGUUACUUAUUUAGUUUUAGAUGAAGCUGAUAGAAUGUUAGAUAUGGGGUUUGAACCACAAAUUAGAAAAAUUGUUGAUCAAAUUAGACCAGAUCGUCAAACUUUAAUGUGGUCUGCUACAUGGCCAAAAGAAGUUCAAAAUUUAACAAGAGAUUAUUUAAAUGAUCCAAUUCAAGUUACUAUUGGUUCAUUAGAAUUAGCUGCUUCACAUACAAUUACUCAAUUAGUAGAAGUUGUUAAUGAAUUUGAUAAAAGAGAUAGAUUAGUUAAACAUUUAGAAGGAGCAUUAAAUGAUCAAAGUGCUAAAGUUUUAAUAUUUGCUUCAACAAAAAGAACUUGUGAUGAAGUUACCAGUUAUUUAAGACAAGAUGGAUGGCCUGCUUUAGCUAUUCAUGGUGAUAAAGAACAACAUGAAAGAGAUUGGGUUUUAAAAGAAUUUAGAGAAGGUAAACACUCAAUUAUGGUUGCUACUGAUGUUGCAGCAAGAGGUAUUGGUAUGUAUUUUUAAUUAGUUAACUACUAACUUUGAAUUUAGGAUGAUCAAUGGAGAUAAGAGUUAUGACUAACUUGAUAAUGAGAGAUUUAAGUGAAUGACACCACAUAUUGUUUGUGAUUCUUUCAAAUGACAUUUUUUGUAAAAUACGAUUUCAAUUGUAUUUUAGAUUCCAUGAAAUAAUUGCCAUAAGUUGAGAUGGCUACCUUUUGUGAAGAAAUUGGUUACAGAUGAAAAUUUUAAUUUCAAAUAAUUCUGUGAUUUGUUUUAUGUCAUUGAUUGAGAUCAAUUUAAAGAGUAAUAUGUGUAUAGUUUUCUUAUGUUAACCAUCUCUCUAUUAUCAAUAAACAUAAGAUGGAUUGGUUUACAAUGUUUUAUUGUUUUGUCCAAUCAUCAAUUUAUUUCAAAAAUUAAAAAUUAUGUUAUCUCCUGUAGUAUCAUUUUAAUUCGAUUCUUGAGAUCUUGUUUUACUAACUCUACAAUUUAGAUGUGAAAGGUAUCACACAUGUUAUUAAUUAUGACAUGCCAGGUAAUAUUGAAGAUUAUGUUCAUAGAAUUGGUAGAACUGGUAGAGGUGGUGCAGAAGGUACUGCAAUUUCAUUCUUCACUGAAGGUAGUAAAAAAUUGGGUGGUGAUUUAUGUAAAAUUAUGAGAGAAGCUCAUCAACAAAUUCCAAAUGAAUUAUUACAAUAUGAUAGAAGGAGUUAUGGAUCACAUAUUAGAUAUGGUCAAGGUAGAGGUAGAGGAGGUAGAGGAGGUAGAGGUGGUUUUAGAGGUGGAAGAGGUGGAGGUAGAGGUGGUUCAAGACCAUAUUCAUCAGGUUCAAAUAAUGCUCCAUUAGGUGGAAACCGUCGUUUUUAA